CUUGCUGAGUUUGAUUUAGAUGUUGGAUAAAAAAUUUGAUUCUGACUCUGUAAGGGGCUUGACCUUCGUUACCCGGCUCGGACGUGCGUGAGUGUAAACUCCAUAUGCCAUAAGGUUGCCAAUAGAAGUUACAACGUAUUCCUCCAUACAUAUUUACUGUAGGCGCGAUCGGCGCACGUCGCGCAAAGACACUGCAGCCAGCUCACCACGAAUGGAUCGAUGACGGAUUUAAGCGCAUAUAGUGCAUAUCACAUAUGCCAGCGCAUUGGCUGCUUCUUACUCUUGAAGCAGCUGUUGUUGGGCAAUUUGCUGGGACAGCUCCAGCCCGUCGUAGCGGUUCCCUGCGCAGCGGGCUGCACCAAGUAUGGCACCUGCAACCUUGAGCUGGGGAGAUGCGAUUGCCCGCGCAACUUGACUGGCCCGGCGUGCGGCGAGUCGGUGCCAUCUCUGGGUCGGGCAUGUAAGCACUUCGGCUUCUUCUCUGUGGAGGAAUGCAUGGCGGAGACGCCCCUGCGCUGCCUCAACGCCUGCAACGGCCGGGGCAAGUGCUACGCGGGCUGGUGCCACUGCCAGGAGGGGUACUACGGCGCAGACUGCUCGUUGUCGCUGGAUGGGCAGGGCAGGCCGCAGCAGCUGGCGGGUAUGGGCUACGCACCGGCUCCUGGCGGCCCCCGCAUCUACAUCUAUGAGCUGCCGCCGCGCUUCACCACACAUAAGAACCUGGACAAGUUCGACCGACCGCUGUACGCGCACCUGUGGAAGCGCAUCAUCAGCUCCGGGCACCGGACCCUGGACGGCGGCGCAGCGGACUACUACUACAUCCCCGUGGACUUCAGGUACCUGUUCGGCGAGGCGGCCCAGGUGCUGUCGUACGUGGCAGACACGUGGCCCUGGUGGAACGCCACGGGGGGGGCCCGGCACCUGCUGCUCAGCACCAGCGACCUGGGCGGCUGCGAGGGCAAGCAGCUGAUGCGCAUCCGCAACGCCACCUCGCAGUCGGUGUGGGUGACGCCCUGGGGGCUGACGCGCAAGCACCCGCGCGUGUGGUGGCCCGGCUGCCACCGCCCCGGGCUCGACGUGGUCAUCCCCAUCCCCGCCCAGACGCCCAACAUGCUCAUGACGCCACUCAACCCCAAGGUCAAACCCAUGGAGCGAAACAUCACCUUCUACUUCGCCGGCAAGAUCUGCGGCGACAACAAGGACCCCAAGUCCGACACCAGCGCCUGGCCCAUCUGUCAGACGCCCACCAACCCGCUGUACAGCGCCGGGAUGCGGCAGGCGGUGUACUUCCACCACUCCAAGCGGCCCGGCUACGUCAUCGUGCCGCGCAGCCGCACCUACGUGGCCGACAUGAGCAGCGCCCGCUUCUGCCUGGCGCCCACGGGGGGAGGGCACGGCAAGCGGCAGGUGCUGGUGGCUCGUUUCGGCUGCGUGCCUGUGCCCGUCACCGACUGGGUGCUGCAGCCCUACGAGCCCGAGCUGGACUGGGCCGCAUUCAGCGUGCCCGUGGCGGAGGCGGACGUGCCACGUAUGCACGAGAUCCUGGCGGCAAUAAACGACACCGCCCUGGCGCGAAUGCAGCGGGCGGUGGCGUGUGCCAGCAAGCACCUGUGGUGGAGCAGCAUGUGGGGCGGACUGUUCGGAGACGACGGCCGGUACGACGCCUUCGCAACCCUCAUGGAGAUCCUGCGUGUACGUGCGGCUCACCCCGGCACGCCGCCGGAGCGCUACCGCCUUGUGGACGAGCGGUUCCGCCGCUUCGCCGACUGCGAGCUGGACGACGAGCCGCCCGCCGGCGUGCGGCUGUGCACGUACGGCUACGACCGCGACCUGGUCCGACUGGCGCCCACGCCGUACUGCGGCUGGCGGGAGUACGGCAAGUGGGGCAUCCCCGGCGGCGCCAUCUGCGAGGGAGCCGACAACAUAGCGCAGUGCCCGCGGCCCUGGCAGUAGCACCCGCGACAGCAGUAGCAGCUGCAGCGGCUGCAGCUGGUUGCUGCUGCGUCGGGUGCAAGUGGACGUCUGAGGGGCAGCUUGGCGCAGCUGAUGGAUACUGCAUGGCUACUUGAUAGGAUGGUGGUAACGCGGUGGUGGUAGCGCGCAUAGGAAGGCGGCAUAAGCACGCGCGUGGGAGGUAGUGAGAGUGUGAGGGCAUUGGGCCACUGACUGAUUCAGUUACCGGGACUGCAGGAGUAGGUGUGUGCGCGAGGGCCAGGUGGCGAGGGCUGGAGGCCUGCGGAGAGAAGCGUGUGGCAGGCAGGGGCGCGCGGCAUUCGCGCCCAUCUGCCGGCUUUGCACAUUCAGCCACUCUGCGCGCGCAUGAGGGGGGGGCGGCGCGUGGUGUCCCGCCAUCGUUGCCCCGCCGUUGGAGGGGGUGGGGCGCAGGGGAGGGGCACAGGGGACACAUAUGGGCACCCCUUGUACGGCGUGUCAUGCACGUCACCCUCCUGGCUCCUGCUGGUCCAUCACACCCCUUGUGUGGAGCCGCUAUCGGCUUGCUCCGGCUAAUUUUGACACGCCGCCUAUUAGCGUUCAAUAGGCUUUACCAAAUCUA